AUGAUGCCUUCUACCGACUUUUUCUCUGAGACCAUGACCACACCAGCAAUGAUGGCCUCGGGUCCUCUCACCCCGCCAUCGACCGACUCGGCACCCACCACCAUCAAGAUGGAGGACCUCCACGUCCCCUACAGCACGCCGUCACCAGCGCCAUCAUCCUUGUACACAUCAGAGCCCCCUACACAGACGCCGGCUCCGUCGACAUCAGAAAGCAAGCCCGUCAAGAAGCGGAAAUCGUGGGGCCAGGUGCUCCCCGAGCCCAAGACCAGCCUGCCACCCCGCAAGCGAGCCAAGACCGAGGACGAGAAGGAGCAGCGACGCAUUGAGCGUGUGAAGCGCAACCGCCUCGCCGCCCACAACUCACGUGAGCGCAAGCGCCAAGAGACCGAGCACCUUCAACAACAAAAAGAUGCACUCGAGGCCGAGAUGAACGCACUCCGCGCAAAGGCCGCCAAGAGCGACAAGCUGGAGGCCGAGCUUAAGCGCUGGCACGACAAGUACCCAGCCGACGUCUCUGAGCUCUCGGACAUAACCUUCAGCUUCACAGAGGCUGCCGAUACCAUCAAUCCCGCACAAUCCCUGGCGAACUUCCCCUCCCCUGAAUCCAUGGACUCGAUGGACUCUCCAAGAGAUUCUUCCUGCCAGCCUGAGACACCCGCCUCGACCUUCGAGGCCACUCCCGAAUUCGACUUGACACAAUAUCCUGCUGCGAUGUUGUGCGACCUGCAGUGUCAGUCGAUUUCGGGCAUGGCCUCCCCCAUGGCGGCGAUCCUUGCCUAUCUUACUCUCUUCAACCUCUACAUUCAGUCGAUGAAAAGCCUGUUGUUCUCGACAACCUCUUCGACUUCGACCAGUUCCCUGAAGGCUCUCUCUCAGUGGAACCCAGCACUGGCAUGGCUCAUCACGAUGAUUUCUUCGGAGCAGGCUUCUUUGGCUCCAGCUCAACUUCAAACUAUCACGGCCUUUCUGACGGCUUUGAUGCAAAGUUCUCUGACAUGCAGAGUGCCUCUGGCGCACCUUUUGGUUGCGACGAGGUUCUCGCAGCAGACAACUAGCUUCGAGAAUGUCAUCAGGCCUGGUAGCGAGAAGAGCGAGACCGGGUCCCUAGAUGACGUCCGAAGAUCACGACUGAUGAGAUCUUGUAGACUUAGACAAUUGGGUCGGCGUAAGGGUGUACAAUCAUGGAGGCUGGAUGCAAAGCGUCCAUGGGCGACAACAGAAGGGCAGUGGGUUGGAUUCGGUUUAACACGGCGUCACACGGAGUUAUAG